CUGAUACAGUUCUUCAAUUUUAACCACAAUUAUUUAGGUUGAUCUGUAACAUAAUCAAUAUCGUUUGUUUCGAGGAUUGACAUGUUUGAUGUGAAUUCCACCAGAACCGAGUAUUUUAUUGCAGACAUCUUGAGCUUCAAAUUCAUGUAGGGCCUCAUCUAAGGGAAGUUUUCAAAGACCCUGUCAAGAAGGAUAUUAUCUCAAGAAAAUCUUUUCUAUUCGCUCUAUUAAAAGUCUAGUUCACCGUCUGAUGAGAUUUAAUUAAUUUAGGUCAUGCAUGGAGAACACGGAGAUAUUGUGCGGCUUCAACGUGACUUUUGCGGUUGCAGGGUGCUGGUUUUAAUGCUCUACAGCUUGCAGUGUGUGCAGCCCCACAAGAAAAUAUUGAAGGUAAUGGUGCGUGUGAAGUCGUACCUCCUGAUACUUUGACAAACUGGGGAACUUCGAAUGCCAGGACAGAAAAUUUUGAUGGUGGCAAUACAAUAGAUGGUAGUGUGAUCACUUUUCAAUCAGCUUCUCCUGAUCUCAAAAUGGAGUCUUCAGAUCAUAGAAGCAGUGUUUCUGAAUAUCACAAAGAUAAUAGUGAAGGAGGGUCUUUCGAGUUUCCGGGUGGACAUGGUGAUUCGGGGCAGAGAGGUUACACAAACAAAUGUGCAGACCUGACAACCUCAGCAGAGAUUACUGGAGCAACUGUCCAGGUUCCAAAGAAACCAAGCCAUGGAUUUGGUGCACUGCUAGGCAAUGCGACCUCAAAGAGGAAGUUUGAUACUGGUAAAAGGGAGACGGGGGAGAUAAGGUUGGAACAGGAUCAGAACUACUGUGAAUCUCCCGUUCUUCCCUUUUUAGGGUGAGGGCGAAAAAUCAGCGCCACGCGUACAAGGAUGAGAACUCUGUGGGAUCUGCCUUGGAAGAUAAGAAAGCUGAAGAACCAGGUGGUGGUUUGCGGCUUAAACCAUUUGAUUAUGCAACGGCUAGGACACAAGACUAGAUUUGGGGUAGAUGGCUGGGAGGAAUCAGCCAAAGAAGGUUCAGGAGGUAGAAAGAAAAGUGCAGAGGCAACUCAAGCUCAAAAGGAUAAAUAUAUACGGAAAGAGUAUUUUUGUCUAUAAUAUAUUUGAACAGUAAUGCUGCACAUUUUUUUUUUCCUUAGUUGGCAAAAGAAAUAAAUUUUGAAGUUGAACUAUUAGAAGCUUCUUUGUUGAAAAUUUCCAGCGCUUUGAGCAGUCGGGAUGGAUCGAGAAUUGAUGCAUCUUAUGAUUGAGGUGAAUCAUCUGCAGCUAGCUGCUUUCUUAUUCCACAAGCAUUUUCCUUUUCAAGUUUGAUUUCGUGUCGCUCAAGGAAGAAGUGGAUGUUUCCUGGGAUUCAUGUCUGAUUUUUGUUGGUCAUAAUAAGUUAUUUAAUAUAAUGCAUAAUCGUUUUUCUUAGGGGUUAUGAAAACUGACGAGGAUUCUCUUUGUAUAACAGUCCUUUUAAGUCCCUUGAUGCUUCAUUUGAAUCUUUUUUCAAGUGUGUGAUGAUCAUUUUAUAUUUAUG